AUGGCCCGCCGAUACUGUUGGUGGCCCAAGGUUGAUGACAUCAUUGAGUCAACAGUAGCAAAAUGCAUUGCUUGUCAAUCGAAUGCAAACCGCUCACCAAAGGAGUAUUCCAGUUGGACGACAUCAGAGAACGUUUGGGAACGCAUUCACAUAGAUUUUGCUGGCCCUUUUCAAAAGUCUAUGUGGUUAAUUGUGGUAGAUUCGAAUUCGAAAUUUCCAUUUGUCAUUCGAAUGUCGUCAACAACUUCCCAUUCAACCAUUCACGCUUUACGUUCCAUAUUCGCUUUAGAGGGUUUACCAAAAGUCAUCGUGUCCGACAAUGGCACACAAUUUACCUCUAAAGAGUUUCAGCAGUUCUGUCAAGAUUAUUCAAUUCGGCACAUGACCUCAGCUCCAUUCAACCCCGAGUCCAAAGAGUUGGCCGAAAGGAGAAAAUCAUGA